AUGAUGUGUUUGCCACAUAUACAGACAGAACUGCAGCACCUGGAGCUGCCCUACUUUCAAACCUUCUCUGCUGCAGACAAAAACACCGGUCCUGCUCAUGCAGCAGAGCGCCAGGAGCAGACUGCACACAGCUCUGUUGGGUUGGACGAGUUGGUGAUAGUGAUCCAGAGUCAGAGGAACUCCUAUCACGCCCGUCGUGGUGCUCAGAGGAAGGUGGAGAUUCUGCAGCAGGCAGCUAGCCUUGGGCAGGGAGUUCCUGUUGUUGUUCUUCUCCAUGAGUUGUCAGAGUACGAAGGGGUCUGGAGUGUCCUCCCUGCGCUUCCACUUCUCGCUGCCUCUCACAGCCAAGAAGCAUCCUGGUUUUUCUUCACAGAGGAGGAAACCGCAGUCACACUGCCGGCUCUGCUGCAGGUCCUCAACAGAUAUCAAGUAAAAGAGGAAUGGUUUCUGGGUAAGCGUCUCCAUGACAACGAGGCCUCCAUCAUCCACCACUAUGCUUUCUCUGAGGACCCCAUUUCCUUUGGUUACCCUGACCCGGCAGCCGGCUGGGCUCUCAGUGCGCCGCUGCUCCAGAGACUUGCAGACCGGCUCCAGCGUGAGAAUCUCAAAUCGGAUUUUACUAUCGACUUGAAACACGAGAUUGCGUUGUAUAUUUGGGAGGAAGGAAACGGUCCAAAGCUGACAGCAGUUCCAGAGUUUUGCACAGAACAGAGAGACAACUGUGCUUCCACGUUUACAACCUACCUGCCCAACUGUGGGGACCCGGUGCCAAAGAAGGAUGUUUUUGUUGCGGUAAAAACCUGCCAGAAAUUCCACUCAGAGCGAGUCCCCGUGGUGAAGGCAACCUGGGAGAAAGACGCCGGGUUUUUACAGUAUUACAGCGACGUCACUGAUGCCUCCAUACCGGCGAUCAGCCUGGGAGUUCCCAACACUGAGAGAGGACACUGUGGGAAGACAUUUGCCAUCUUGAGGCGGUUCCUGAGUCAAGCUGCGCCGAAGGCUGAUUGGCUGCUCGUUGUUGACGAUGAUACUCUUAUCAGUUUACCUCGGUUGCGGCGACUGCUGCGCUGCUAUGACCCAACAGAAGCAGUGAUCCUGGGGGAGAGGUACGGCUACGGCUUGGUCCAGAGAGGAUACAGCUACACCACAGGAGGAGCAGGGAUGGUGCUCAGUAGGACAGCAGUGUCCAGGCUGCUCUCCUCUGGCUGCAGCUGCUACAGUGACGAUGCUCCUGAUGACAUGGUGCUGGGCAGGUGCUUCACUUCCCUCCGUGUUCCCAUCACACACAGUCCACUGUUUCACCAGGCGCGACCAGAUGACUACCCUGAGACUCUGAUCUCCUUGCAGCAGGCCAUCUCCUUCCACAAGCACUGGAACAUAGAUCCUGUGGCUGUCUACAGAAACUGGCUGCAGGACGCACAGCCACGAGAUGAACUGUAGAAACACUUUGGGUACACUGUUGACAAGCAGAGACUACGGAUUUGCACAAAACUACAGCAACCACUGGUGUCGUCACUGUCCACGCACUCCACAAAUCUCUCACAAGCCUUAAUACCUGCAUUGAUUUUGAUAAAUACAAUAUGACUGCAUGUAAUGAAAACGGGUUGCAGUUAAUGACCACCAAAGUCACUCUGAAGUGACAUUUAGUCACAUUUAGUUUUAUUCAUUGCUUCAGUUUAGCUGGUUUAACUGCUGGAUGUGCAACUGCUUAACAUAGGCCCUAACAACUGUAUUAGUCAUGGAUAUGUUGUUGGGAAUCUCAUUUAUUUUUUUUGCAGGUAACUGGUCAUAAAGUAAAAUAUUUGCAUAAAGUUGGAUUUUCAACUGAGGAGAGAUGAAAAACGAGAGAAUCAGCAAAAGUCACAGGACGAAUUGUGGAACAAUUGUUAAGAUAUUUUAACCUGGACCAAACUAGCAGACUGUUCAUCCCUAUAGCCACGCUUCUAGCCUUGCUAACGACUGUACAGACUUUGAAUUACACACUGCCUAAAGUCACACUGGUUGCUGCUUGGAUUGUGAGAGUGGAUAUCCGAGUGUCGCUGCUGUCACUCAACCUCCCUGACUUUUAUUUAAACUAAACCAUGAGACAAGAUGUUGAAUUUAUUCAGAAAUGUAAAUGUAUUUGUUCUAAUAUCGAGAUGUUUAACAGAUUUUAUUUAUUCAGGCAGGUAAGUUCCUGCACAAAGAUGAUCUGGACAUGAGAGCAACAUAAAAAGUUGCAAACAAAAUAAUGAUAAAUUAAACACUGAAUAAAAUAAUACCCUAACAAUGCAGUGAUAACAAAGAAUACAACUAAAAGACAGUUGGACAAAGGAGUCAUUUAGCCCUGAAUUUAUGAUGGUCUUGAUUUUAAAUCUUUCAAAUUAAGAUAAAAUAAGAUUAAAAUCAGACUUAACAUUAAAAUCACCAUGUUUACUUCAGAUUUUUCUUUGCUACUUUGUGCUAAUUUAUUCUUUAAACAAACACACUUUUUGGGAAAUUUUAUUUUCUCACUAAAAUCUGAGAUGAGAAAAGUGACUCUAUUCUCAUAUCUGUAUGAUAAAUAUGAAGUUAACGCCACUGAUAAAGACUGGAAACAAGUGGAAAGAGCUGCUCUGGCUCUGUACUAGGUGAAAAAAAACAAAAAAACAACCCUAAACAACGCUGCCCUCUAGUACCUCUAAAAGGCACAAAUUAUCACAUUGUAUUAUAUUAAUCAUUACACAAUCAAUAAUCUACAACUGAAAACUAAUUAGCUCUUUAUCUCAUGAUGAACAUAAGGAUAUCUAACUCUCACAGAACCAUCCUUCCAACACCUCCUCUUCCUCUGUCAGGGAUGCAAAGUCAGCCAAGGGGCAUCUAAACAUACACACACACAUAUAUAUAUUUUUGUUUGUUUUUUGAAGUUUAAAGUUGUGCACACAGUGAAUGAGCACACAAUUUUCUGUUUCCUUAUUUACCACGUGCAGUUGUAUGAAUGAGUCUCAAAUGGAGGAAUAUUUUAGUAGAAUUUUAUUUUGAUCUAAGCUGUGUGAGUUUGAGUCAGUCAGUGUGGAUGUGUGUAAAGAGUCACUGAAUUAAAAUAUUGUUCGGCAGCUGGUUUUGGGAAAAUGUUUGAGUGCUUGCUGAAAACGAAUCAUUUCCAUGAAUUAAAGAAGAAUUUUUCAUUUGAAAAUAAAAUAUUCCCUUGGUUAAACACA